CUCGCGCGAGCUCUCAUCCCUCGCGCGCUGUGCAGCUGAACUACGGCGUUGGCAGAGAAUAUAAAAAAAUCUGCCUCUUUGCUUCAAGCGUUGGAAGAAUAUUUUGGAACGGAAAUCAGAGGAGCUCGUGGUCAUACAUCCCAGUGGGUUCUAUGCUGUGAGUCUCUACAGCAGUAUUGAAUCCCAGUAGUCUGGACCACAACCACAAACAACCAGUGACGGCUGUAGAACCACUCCACUAGACCGAAACUCAACCACAGACCGUUAGAGGACUUCUCCCUGUUCCGCUACCUCACUUACCAAAACCACUGUGGCACGGGUGGAAGAGGAGGAAGAAAGAAGAUCAUGCCCAGAAGGAGAGUAAAUCAUCAGUGAAGAGAAGAGGUGAUGCUUCUGGAUUAAGAAGACAGACAGACAGCAGACCAAGAGACAGACAGAUCAGACUCACGUCUCUCCAGCGGAUCCUGCUACUUCCUAUCAGAUCAAUCAACAAGACUUCCUGUCGGAGAGAUUAUGAGGAAUAGCUGUUUCACUCCCCACGGCAGUCCAACAGGAAGUGAAAAGACAUGGGGACUCUGCUAAUCACCAUGACAACCACACAGCUGUGACUGACUGUGUGAGGCCCCUCCCUCUUUUUCUACACCCAAGCUAAACCCAUUCUCCCCUUUCUGAGGACAACCUAGCUACGCCAGUCCAUCCCCCACGCUCUUUGUCCUUUAAACUCAACCUCGCUUUCCCUUAUUUCAAUCCCACAUUUCCUCCAUCUUAACAAAACCUCCCUCUUCAUUCGUCCUCCUUCUCUUCCCUCCAUCAUCAUGCUCAGCAGGCUUCACACUCACUCCUCCUCUUCCUCUCCAUCUACCCCCACCCUCCUCAUCCUUCCCUCUCUCCUCCUCUUCCUCCACCUUCCGGGCCUGGUCUGGGGGGACUGCUGGCUGAUCGAGGGGGACAAGGGCUACGUGUGGCUAGCCAUCUGCAGCCAGAACCAGCCUCCAUAUGAGACCAUCCCCCAGCACAUCAAUAACACGGUCCAUGACCUGAGGCUCAACGAGAACAAGCUCAAAAUGAUCCCCUACACCUCCAUGUACCGCUUCACCAACCUCACGGACCUCAACCUCACCAAGAACGAGAUCUCCUACAUCGAGGACGGGGCCUUCGCUCAACAGGCCAACCUACAGGUUCUCCAGCUGGGCUACAACAAACUGACCAACCUGACAGAAGCCAUGAUGAGGGGCCUGGGCCGGCUGCAGUGCCUCUUCCUCCAGCACAACCUCAUUGAGGUCAUUGGCAAUAAUGCAUUGGAUGAGUGCCUCAGUCUCAACAGCAUUGACCUGUCGUCCAAUAAGCUGGCCCGCCUCGACCCCUCCACCUUUACCAUUUUGAAUCGCCUCAUGGUGUGUGAGCUGGCUGGGAACCCCUUCCAUUGUGGCUGUGACUUGUACAACUUCCUCACCUGGCUGGAGGCCUUCAAUAACGUCACACACACCUACGACCGGCUCCAGUGCGAGACCCCCAGGGAGAUGUUUGGCUACCCACUCCUGAGUCCCAUCGCGUCCGGCCACGCCGGGCACAACGCUCGGACGAUUCUGUCCUCUGUCUGCCGGGAUGGGGUCUUCAUCCCCGGGAUGACGUCUCUCCCGCCAGACUCAGAUUCCUCCGGAAUGGGCCCGGACAUGUUUGACCGCGUGGGUCCGUACCACCAACCCACCACCUCGUCUUCCUCCACGGAGCACAGCUUCAGCCCCAGCAUCAAGCUCCACCACGUGUCCCUCUUCACGGCCUCUAUCAUGGUCCAGAUCCCCAGACCUUACAGCAAGAUGUACAUCCUGGUGCAGUACAAUAACACCUUUGUCUCUGAUGUCAUGAACCUGAAGCUCAAGAAGGAGAUGAUCACACUGAACAAGCUCAAGCCACACACCAACUAUACCUUCUGCGUGGCUUCCAUCAGGACCUCCCAGCGCUACAACCACACCUGUCUCCAGUUCUCCACCCGAGCCCAGAACCCCGACGACAUGCCGCCAACACCUUCCACCACCACCCACUACAUAAUGACCAUCGUGGGCUGCCUCAUCGGGAUGCUCUGCAUCCUGGGCCUCAUCUACUAUUGUCUGAGGAAGAAGAGGAGGCAUGAGGAGAAGCAAAAGUCCAUCUGUGUGAAGAAAACGAUUCUAGAAAUGAGGUAUGGCCCGGAGGUGGCGGCGGCCGUGGGGAACGACCCGUCUGCGGUGCAGAAGCUCCAGGAGCAGGCCCAGGGUCAGGGCCACCACCAGUACCAGCACCACACGCACGGGGGCAAGCUACCAAUGUCUGCCUCCUCCUCGGGCAUGCUUCACUCCGCCAACACCUCUUCAUCCAGACUCUCCUCCAUCCCUCAGGAUAAGAUGCCCACCGCCUUCUCUGAGGCCAUGCUGACCAGCAAAGGCAACUACAUGGAUGUGAGGACGGAGGGGGUGAUGAGAGAUGGAGGGAUGGGAGGAGGACAGGGAGGGAUGAAGGAUGAGGAUCUAAGAGAAGAGGACGGGACGGACGUGGGGGAGGAUUCAGACGAUGACGGGCGAGGCUCGGCCUCGGAGAUCUCCACCAUCGCCAUGGAGGUGGAUAAGGUCAACCAGAUCAUCAAUAACUGCAUCGACGCCCUGAAGCUGGACUCUGUCAUGGCCGCCUCCUCCACUGCCUCUUCCACCACCACCACCUCCUACCCCACCUCCCCUCCACCCACUUGCACCUCCUCCUUGACCCGUGGCCUCAUCCCUCUUUCCCCCGGCAUCACUGAGACCUGCCCGGGCCUGCCCUCCCCUACCACCAAGAUCCCUCCUCCACCGCCACUCCCCUUCUCCGUCCCUCUCUCGGAGCGUCCGGGGAUCAGUGGCGGGGGGUUUGUGUCGCCGCCCUACCGGCCGCCUCCCCCUGCGUCCGCUGUGCGCCCCGUCGUGAGGCAGAUGAGCGCUGACGCUGCGGUGGUGAUCAGUGCCGUGAAGAAGCAGUGCAGCACCUCGUCCUGCAACUCCAUGGGACGUGACCGGGAACGAGGGACCGGAGGAGGAGGCCGGGUCUACAGCCUGGACAUCCACGAGCCCCGCAGCCCGGACCCCUGCCAGCAGUACCCAGGAGAGAGAGGCAGCCCCGCGGGGUGUGGAGAGCCCCUGGAGCGGCUGCCUCUGGUGGGGAGCGGCGGGGGAGGAGGUGGGGGUGGUGGGUGUGGUAGUGGAGGUGGUGGUGGUGUUGAUGGUAUUACCAACCAGCAUCACCAGCACCAGCAGCAGCAGCAGCAGCAGGGACAGGAACAGCAGGAGGACUACCACUGCUCAGAGCACCGCCACUCCGUCCCAGCUCUGUACUACGAGGGCUCCCACCAGGGCUCGCCGCACCAGAGGGCCUCCUUCCUCAAGCCCCUGACCCGCUCCCGCCGUGACGCCGCCUCCUACUCGCAGCUCUCGCCCUCCCGCCACCAAAACUACUCUGGGUACUCCUCCAGCCCUGAGUAUUCCUCGGAGAGCUCUCUGAGGAUCUGGGAGAGGUUCCGGCCCUACAGGAAGGGCCAGAGGGAUGAGUCAUGCUACGUCACGGCCGGGAACGCCUUAAGGAAGAAGGUGCAGUUUGCCAAAGGGGAGGACCUCCACGACAUCCUCGACUACUGGAAGGGCGUGUCAGCCCAGCAGAAGCUGUGAAAGGAAGACAGGAAGUGAGAGUGAGACAUUGUGGGAAAUUGAGUUUUGAGUAAUGGGUCUUUUGUUGAUCCCGGUGAACUACCAAUUUGAGAUACCAGCCGAAAGAAAAGGGAGAAAAUGAAAUGAAUGAGGGUGGUGAAAGAGUUAAGUUGAGUCUGACUCAUUUACAGUAGGUUUCAUUGAUCCAUGUCAAAACAUGUUAUCAUCAGCAGGACCAGAGCUGAGAGAGAUGACAGUACAGCAGGGUCAUUGUGGACUGUAGGACUACUUCUGGAACCUGCUCAUCAUCUUUACAGUUAUAAUUAGAGACAGGGAGCCCAGGCCAACCAUCCAAUCAGUAUUCAGUGAACACUUCAUGUGGAAUUCACCUGUUGGAGUGUCAUUCUCUGUGCCACACUUUCAUCUGUGUGUAGAGACGGGAAAUCAGAUGACGUAACGCCUGUUUGUGUCUGCAUUGAGUAUGCGUGUGUCAUGGAGUGUACUGUAUGUGUGUGUGUCAGUGUUUUUGUGUGUGUGUGUGUAUGAGUCAGUCUAAACUCCUACACAUGUUUUUGGGCGCAUGUAGGGCGCGGAGAUAAUGUCUGUGUUGGUGAGACAGAAACACAGUGAGAUAAUAUACCCAGAGAGAGUGAGAGAAAUAGAGAGAGAGAGAGAGAGAGAGAGAGAGAGAGAAUGAGAGAGAGAAUGAGAGAGAGAGAGAAUGAGAGAGAGAGAGAAUGAGAGAGAGAGAGAGAGAGAGAGAGAGAGAGAGAGCGAGAGAGAGAGAGAGAGAGAGAGAGAGAGAGCAAUACAAAGGGGGAAAACAUGGUGAUUGUGAACAGAGCUGUCAAGCAGUCUCUCCCUCCUAUCCCUCAGAUCAUCCAUGCUAUUGGAUGGUGCACAAACAUUUGCAUUUCAAUAGUGGCUGUCACAGUCACAGCAAGCUGGGAGGAAUAAAAAGGAAAAACUGAAAACACUCAGGGAGGCUUUACGGUGUGAGGAUGCAGGCUUUUGUUGUGUCUCAAAUGCCACCCUAUUCCCUAAACAGUGCACUACUUUUGACCAGGGCCUAUGGGGAAUAGGCUGCCCUUUGUGACACAGACUUUGGGUCUUCAGUCAGCCAUAGCACAGGACGAGCCAACCAGGCAGGCAGGGUGAUACAGGCCAGACGUAACCUCCUGUGAAGAUAGGGAAUUGACACAGCAGUGUAAAACAGUAGCCCCUGGAGCAGAGACAUGUCGCUAGGAGCUCCAGGGAGGAGGAUCAGGUAUCUGGUCCUACAUGUUGAUCUAUGAUCAGACAUUUAACCUGGACCGUGGGAAUGGGACUCAGAUUGUGAACAGUUGUAUUGUUGUUAUCUGUGUCUUGGGUAGCGGUCGCUGUGACUUACUAGGUUCUGUAGACAGAUACAGAGAGAGAUGGAGAGACCGUAAAACACAGAGAUAAGAAAAGAGAGUAAGAAAAGAGAAGGGAGAGAGAUACAUUCUGCGUAUUGUGCAUAUUCAUGUCAGCAGAUUAAUGUGGGUCAACAGAGCUAAAAUACAGACAAUGUGCAUCAUUUGAUGUGAGCACUUUGUGUGCUGCUGGCAAUCCUUUUGUCGAGAUGAAUGUGGCUUAAAACGUCCACGUUUAAUAAUGUGAUCAAAAAUGGAUCGUGGUCUUUAACUGGUGACCCACUUCACACAGGUUCACCCACACAGUUCCCCUGUACAGCAGUUCUAGCUCAAGAGAAUAAUACCCCUCUUAUUUCAUGACAACUGAAGGAGGGGCGGAGUAAGGAGGUACACCUUUAAUUAACACCAACACCUCUUUCUGGAUAUUAACACCAUGAUUGUCCACUUUAAUUAGACACACUAAUUAGCAAUUAAACAAGACUGUGUCAUGGGGAGGUUGUGUACGUGUGUGUGUGUGCACGCACGCUGGUGUGUGUGUGUGUGUAUAGGGUCGGUCAAUAUGCAGCGGUGGGUUGUGUGUAGAGUGCUUAAGCUAAUUGAAUUAGAUCUGCCUGCCUGGCUCGAGAGUUGAUUAGGAGUCUGUGAGAUUGGAAUAUUGACAGGCAACUGUGGAGAAAUGCAUAAACAAGGAGAGAACAGCUCAUAUCCACCUACACACAGACACACACACAGAGAGAGAGAGAGAGAUAGAGAGGGUACAUUCACCUAGUCCACUUUAAUGCAUGACCCAGCUGUUAACCUUUUCAGUAGAGUGACCUGUGUGUAUUAAUCCUAUAGGAGGCAGUCUGUCAUUGUAACAGCUGGCUGCGUAUGAAGGACCAGUGUUGGGGAGUAGUGAACUACAUGUAGUCCAACUAGUAAUGUAACUACAUUUUGCAGUAACUUGAUGGUAGCUGAGUUAAAUUACAAUCUUAGUUGUGUUUUCAGAAGUUCUUUACUUUUCCGAGGUCUGGCUAGCUACUGGAACUACACACGACUUUUUUUGUGUGCAAAAAGUAGGAAAAAAAACGAUAUGGCAUCAGACCUGCCUAAUUCUCACUUGAGACAUAGUUUUUGUGUUUAAUAGGAUAAAUUACACAUUCUGUUAACAUCUAACUACAGAGCGAUCUGUUCUUGCUAUUUGUAUUCUAUGACAUUUCAAAUGUACAUAUCAUUUUUCAUGGAGUAGUUUUUCAUUCAGGGAGGAGGAUCAGGUAUCUGGUCCUACAUGCAUUUUUCAUGCAGUGAACUGCUUUUUAAAAGUCACUUUAGUUCAGUAAACUAUAAACUCUUUCUUAAGGGCAGCUUUAGUGUAGUUUAACUUCUUCCAGUGUGCAGUAAUUGGUAGCUUGGAAAUCUAUAUUUUCAGAGCAGCUUCCCCAACACUGUCAAGAACACACUGACAGGUUGGAGUCACCUCUCUAGAGAAAUGGGAAACAGGGGAUAUCCUGUGCUGAAGUCUCCCAGGUUAGAUGGACCGAUAUGAUUUACUAUGACUUUACAUACAGCAUUUUAGUGCAUUGAAUGAACUCUCCAGAGGUGAUGCAUUUGAUUUAAAAUAGGGGUCAAUAGGGUACGUUUCUAUCAAUAGCAACAGUGUUGUAGUGUGAUGUAAGGUGGUAGCCAAGGAGAUACUUUUCAUAAGGAUAAAAUGUUCCGAAAGUGAAUUUCAGCCUCCCUCUCUCUCUUUCUCUUUCUUUCGCUUUUUCACCCUCUGUGUCCUCUUGUAUGAGUGUUCACUGUUCCACACACACACACACACACACACACACACACACACACACACACACACACACACACACACACACACACACACACACACACACACACACACACACGCCCCUAAGCGCCUGGGCCUAAUGGGAAUGUGGCGUCAGUGGUGUGUAGCGAUUGAACACGACAUCUCUGCAUGGGCUUCAGCAGAAUAACACCUGUCCCCCUUUAUCCAAGGAGAAAAGCUGGAAAUUCCCUUCCUCUGAGAGUUGGAUUGUAUUAGCUCUCCUCCUGCACAAGAUUUGUUUCACUCCCUCCUUUUCCACUUUCUCUUCCUUUUUCUUUUUUUCACAAAUAUUUGAUCUUGUUUCACCUGCGCUUGUUUGUGAUGAAAUGAUGCAUGUUGAAUACAAACCAGUCUGUGGGUGAGAGUGGUUAAAAUGAGUAAAUGUUAUAUAAAUGUUACCUGGAUGUUACAAGGGGUGUUUUUUUUUCGGUUCCCUCAGCUCUCUCUGUUUGAAGUAGUGUUGGGUUAUGAUUGGUUUAUCCUGCGAGACUGAUCCGAGGUCAAAGGUCAUAUUCCAUGCAGAUCCAUAGUGCUGCCAUUUUGGUUUUCCAUUGGAACCAACAAGGUCCUGGAAGGAAAGAGUCACAAUGCCAGCUCUCUCAGUGAAAGAGAUGAGAGGAAAUCUCACUGGAUUUACACAACUCUUUCCAGACUCUCCAGUCUUCCUGAAGGAAACAGCUACAACAAACAAACAAUUAUGUGGAUUUAAAGGUACGAUACCCACUGAUCUCCUCUCUCAGAGACACUACACCUGAAAACUGUACACAGGAACUGCUAUGCUACCGGAGGCUAACUGUGACUGACUCUGUCCUUCACCAUUCACACACAGAGGGAUUCUCAAGGAACCUGGCGAGAACGUUUAAAAACACACGAUCGGAUAGGUGACUUUUUUGUAAUUUUGGCUCCAAAUCCCUGAACUCCUAAUGUAAGUUUACAGACAUUGACACGUGUGAGAAAGUGUCCUGCCCCUUCAAAAAGACUCAGAUGGUUGACAGGAUGUCCAUCUGUACAAACCAGAGCCCAUACAUACAACCAUUACAACUGCCACCAUUUUGAGUGUGUUUGAAGUACAAUGUAACAAAAAAAUAUGUUUGGUUUGGUUGUUUCAUACUACAGUUUCAUACGUUUCAGAUGUUUUUAUGACUCAAUUUGCCAUUGGUUUGUUUUCUAUUCUAAAUUGUCAACUGUUUGACUCAAUUUGCCAUUGAUUAGUUAUUCUAUCUAAAUAGGAUGUAUGAAUCCCUAGGAGGAGUAAGACUGAAGCUCAUUCAAGUGCUCUCCUGCUCAAGGACCUGCCUCGAUCAUCACACAUCGUUUCCACAACAUUCCCAGAGUGCUUCUGUCACGUCAUAGCAACAUUUGCCCAUUUGUAAAAUGGUCCUUUAGCCAAAGACAGUGGCAAUUAUAUUUGUAUUUUGUAAUAAUAAAAAAUAACCCCGUGGGGGCUCUUCUCUCGGCUUGCUUGCACUACGUUCUUUUUACGAGAGCUCUUGUAAUGAUUUUACUCUCAUGUAGCCUAUGCCUCCCAAUCCGUCAUUUCAAAGCUAUUUUGAUCAAAUUCUUUCAACUCUGCACUGGACAUACCAAGGGGGGUCUUGGGUCAAAACUAGUGCACUACAUUGUGAAUAAGAUGCACAAUAUAGUGAAUAGGUCGCCAUUUGAGACAACCAGAUAUACUAAUCUCCCUCCACUAGGUUGUCAGGAAUGGUCAAAGUUUUCCAUUCUAAAAUAACUUCUGUUGUCUGUUUAAAUAAUACAUGGUUUCCCUGCUAACUCCCAGCAAACGGUGUAAUGGUUGCGGUUUAGACGAGCUGUUGUGUUAAGUGGCCUUUGUUAUGGGAUAUUUAGCAGAACAGAGCUGUGUUUGGGGGCGUAUUGGGGCGUAGAGGUUGGGAACACCAGGGGUUAGGCUGGAUGCUGGAUAUAGAACACGGAAGACUGUAUUCUAUAGCACUGACCUCACGUAGUUAAGAGUACAUUGGUGACCUACAUGGAGCCUUUGGGCUUGGUUAGUUUUCCAGACCAGGUUGGAGUGUAUACCUUGUACCCAGUGCACUGUACCUGGGGGGACUCGGUGCUCCACAACAAUUCAAAAAAGCAUGGCAUCCCCUCUUGGGCGCCCCAAUAAGCAUUAAACAUAUAAACAUUGAUUGGAUCCACAAUUUCUAUAGUACUCACAAGAGUCACUGCCUAAAAACAAUGAGUCUGAAGCCUAAUCUCAGUUAGCUACUGUAUUCCUCCAUCUUUGUUGUUGAGUCCUCGUUGCCUCAGCAGAGCCCUGGCUUUUAACAGUGUUAUAUUCUAAUUCUGUUAGGGUUGGGUCUAUCUAUCUUAGCUCUCUGUGUGAAAGAUCACACUAUGUACAUAGAGUUGGUAAUACCUACUUAUCCCCCUUUAUACUCUCCAUGAGGCCCUGUUUCUGACAUCUAAAGCCCCCCUGGAGACAGAGUCUGCCCCCUUGGAGACGGAGUCUACGUCCCAAAUGGCACCCUAUUCCCUAUAUCGUGCACUACUUUUGACCAGGUUUCAUAGGGCUCUUGUCAAAAGUAGUGCACUAUGUAGGGGAAAUGUUGCCAUUUGGGAUGCAGACAGACAGACAGACAGACAGAUAUCAACAGCUAUUCAGGCGGUCAUGACAUCAAUGCUUUAUGUUGGAUGCUAUGCUUCAUGACAUGGUGGAACAGUGUGAGUAUUUGAAGAGUUUCCCAUCUCUCAGAGAAUGGGUUGAAAGGCUCAGUGAUGUCUCUAGUUGUGCCCCAGCGGCCCUCUCUCUUCACACGGAUGGACUGUGUGCAGACUACAGAUGGACUGUGUGUGCAGACUACAGAUGGACUGUGUGUGCAGACUGCAGAUGGACUGUGUGUGCAGACUGCAGAUGGACUGUGUGUGCAGACUGCAGAUGGACUGUGUGUGCAGACUGUAGAUGGACUGUGUGUGUAGACUACAGAUGGACUGUGUGUGCAGACUGUAGAUGGACUGUGUGUGUAGACUACAGACAACAGAUAGUGAAGAUAAGUCCAUGGCUCUCUAAUCGUGCUGUUGACUUUGAUCAGUGAUCGCCUACCCCAACGCUGUAUGGAACAGAAGGCUACUGAGCUGUGGCUGUAGUGGAGCAGAAAGGAAGGGGGAAAGAGAGAGAGACGGGUUGUAGCAGACACUGACUAUAUAGAUGCUGCAUAGAAGAAAAGGAAAGAGCAAAAGAGGGAUGACAGAAAGAGAGGGCAGAGGCUAGUGACAGGCUGUAUGGAAGGAAAGAGCAAGAGGGAUGGACAGAAAGAGAGGGCAGAGGCUAGUGACAGGCUGUAUGGAAGGAAAGAGCAAGAGGGAUAGACAGAAAGAGAGGGCAGAGGCUAGUGACAGGCUGUAUGGAAGGAAAGAGCAAGAGGGAUAGACAGAAAGAGAGGGCAGAGGCUAGUGACAGGCUAGCUGUAUGGAAGGAAAGAGCAAGAGGGAUGGACAGAAAGAGAGGGCAGAGGCUAGUGACAGGCUGUAUGGAAGGAAAGAGCAAGAGGGAUAGACAGAAAGAGAGGGCAGAGGCUAGUGACAGGCUGUAUGGAAGGAAAGAGCAAAAGAGGGAUGACAGAAAGAGAGGGCAGAGGCUAGUGACAGGCUGUAUGGAAGGAAAGAGCAAGAGGGAUGGACAGAAAGAGAGGGCAGAGGCUAGUGACAGGCUGUAUGGAAGGAAAGAGCAAGAGGGAUAGACAGAAAGAGAGGGCAGAGGCUAGUGACAGGCUAGCUGUAUGGAAGGAAAGAGCAAGAGGGAUAGACAGAAAGAGAGGGCAGAGGCUAGUGACAGGCUAGCUGUAUGGAAGGAAAGAGCAAGAGGGAUAGACAGAAAGAGAGGGCAGAGGCUAGUGACAGGCUAGCUGUAUGGAAGGAAAGAGCAAGAGGGAUAGACAGAAAGAGAGGGCAGAGGCUAGGGACAGGCUAGCUGUAUGGAAGGAAAGAGCAAGAGGGAUAGACAGAAAGAGAGGGCACAGGCUAGCUGUAUGGAAGGAAAGGAAGCUAUCUGAGGAGAAAGAGACAGAGGAGAGAAGUGAGAAGGAUGACAAAAAGAAAGACUAACAGCAGAGCUGGAACGUAUCGAUGGAAAAGAAGCUAUAGGAAGCUAAGAGACAAUUUAUUCUUGAUCUGAAAAUGUGGCCGGAGGCUCCAUAUGGAGGGUGUGACACAAUGACAGAGUCUUCAGAGGAAUGCAGAGGCCAAAUUGAGCUCUGUACCGUAUCGCCGUGUGCCUCUCAAAUUUUUUGUAAGAAUGCAGAGGGCUCAGUAUAGCUCCGCAUUGACAUGAUUGGUUGACGGUAGGUGAGGGCAAGAGGUCCUGUAUAAACACAUACUCACUUCUUUGGCAACUUCCUUCACAACAGCUCUGAGCUGCUCCGCAAAGUGCAAGAAGUACAAAUGUCCUGACUUCUGCAGAGGCCAUAUCACCGUAAAUGCUGCACGGCCGAUAUAGACUGGGGAUUGACCGUGCAUCGCCUUUUAAGUGACAGAAAAGAAGCUGUAGCGAGAACAUGGUGGGACAUUAAUCGUUGUCAGUUUGCAGCCACAUUACAAAAAGCAGAAAGUGGAUUACUUUUCCAUGGAAUUUUUCUCCACCUCUUUCUAAGCUCUUUAUCUCUCUCCAAGCAUUAGGACCUCUAACUGCUAUAACAAUGGACCAGAGAGGCAGGAGGACAGCAGCUUUAUGGCUGAAAAUGGGGUUUCAUUUCACAUAUUAUAGAUAAAUCAGGGGUUACAGAUAUAAGAUCUUAAUUUGAUCACUCUUUUGUUACUGAGAAUUUCAGAUCAGCUUUGUGAUGUACAUAAAUUCACUGAAAACCCACACUAACAUAUGGUUAUAUUAACAGUAUUGUACUUUUCAUGUAGCCUACUUUUGGACAACUAACAGCCUAACCACCGAUCAAGGAACGUUCUGGACUAAAUGUUCAAAUCCUGUUGCUGCAGGAUUAUUUUUGCUGUGACAAUAUAGGUCAAAUGAAGAUCCUGUAUAUCUUGGUCCAACUCAUUUAGAAGCUACAACUAUUGAAACAGUACUAAUGUUCACCCAUAGUUUAUUACUUUGAAUUACUGUCUAAUGGAACUUUCAAUGGAUUCAAAUACAUUUUAUUUUAUGAAUGAUCAUUGACUGAUAUCGAAAAGUGAAAUUUGAAAGCAGAAAAUAUAAAGCCUUUGAUAAACAGCACCAUUUUGCUAGUUUAUAGUCAUUACAACUCAGUUCACAUGCAGUUGAAAAGACUUUUUUGACCCACUACAUGAAUAUUUCAGUCACUCAGUUUCCACUUGUAGUUUAAGAGGCAAUGUUUUCGCGUACAGUUGUUACUGCACUUAAAUGUGAAGUAUGGAUGAUUGUGCUUGUUUGGGCUUCAAAGUAUUUUACUCUGAGUUUAAUAUACGUUUAGUGUGUACCUCUCUCAAUGUGAGGACAGUCCUAUGGCUGGGGGCUGGGAGUGUAUUGAGGGGAUAAGAGGAAGCCUGGUUGGCAGCCAGCUUGCAGCCCUCCAGGCCUCUUGCUAGUCCACUCACUCCUUUUCUCAGGCUAUACUCAUCUGUUUAUCGGCCUGAGAGACAGUGUUCAGACCGUAGAGUGAAGUGACAGGUUGGCGAGAAAGAGAUGAAGAGAGGAGAGGUAAAGAGAGAGGUGGGGAGAGAGAGCCGAAGCAGUAUGAUUAAACAGGAGUGAGCCAUGUCCUGAACAGCAGGUAAUAACGGGAUCUUCAGAGGGGGAGAGAUGGAAAGAAGGAUUUCCAGAAACAAGUACUCUCUAGAGGGGAGAUGAUCCCAGGGCCUCAGCAUGAAGCUUCUAACACCUUUUAUCAGGAAUCUGUCAACAGACUGCUUACAUGGACCAACAGGAUACUGAACACACACACACACACACAGAGAGAGAGAGCGUGGGAAGAGGACAGCGCUACAGAACCGAGGCUACUCAGAAUCAUUGGCACGCCUCUCUGGUAUAGAACAGGUCUGAGAACAGAUUGUAAAAUCCUGCUCAUGUUCCCACUAGCUUUCUCCUAUCUACUCCAUCAUAAUUAUCCUCAAACAAUAGCAGGCCUCAUUUCAGCCUUAUCUCAGCCUGGGCUCCAUUGUUAACCAUGACACUGGCUCCCCUGAGGUCCAACUGAGGAUCUUUAGGUCAUCAGCAUAAUGGAUGAAGUCACUGUUAUUCUAGCCAGCCUAAAGAGUUAAAUGGUUUUGUUAUCAUGAUAGGGUUAAUUCCAACAUUAGUCCAUGAUGGGGAAUAAUCCAUUUCAUUUGUUCAAGGGUGUGCCUUGGAGUACAGUACUACUACUUCAUGAAAUGUCCAUUUUGCAAGGCAACAACCGACACUCUCUUUUCUUACAUGUGUCCUUUAAAGGAAAACCAUCCCUCUCACUCUGCCUUUCAGGCUGAAUGUCUUCAGUACAAACUGAACAAACUGAGCUUCAUCUGUUUGUGUCUGACACGUGUGGUUGCUAAGACGUCUGUAGUUGGACAACUUGUAUAGGAGCAACAACCACACUAGCACUGUUUCUGCCUCCACAGUGCUAUUCUGAGCUACAGUAUCGCUCACAUGGCUGUGUGGGAGUCUUUGUAGGCUGGGCGUCUUCAUACUGAGAGUUGGGCUUUGUUCAGUUGGAUAAUUAUGUUAUCCUUUUGGAAGUAGCAUUGCUUGUGGGAUAAGGGGAACAGAGAAUGAAUAUGGAUUCGGUUUUGAUUUUGGCAUUGUUCCUUGUUUGAAAGGGGAUAUUAAUGAAGCAAGAUCGAUAAGAACGAUAACUCUGUUAAAAGUUCAGAAAGAUCUUUCUUGGCAAAGUUUUGCGGAUGCUUGAUUAGUUUGUCCAUCCUGCCGUGUGUCAAAUAAAAGACCGAAGUCCUUGACAAGUGAGAGUCAGGAGUUCACACUAACUGUCUGAGCAACAAUUAUCACAACCGGGAUUUGAUUCAAUGUCAAAUAUGUUUAUGAUUAUGUUCUUCUUUACUAUCGGUCUGGUUGGCCACCCAAUUACACUGUUUAUACUUUGUAGCCCCUGAGGGGAGGCAUGCUAGGCCUCAGCCAAGAGGUCUGAAUCUAUAUGGCACAGAGGUUAGUGUACAUGCCCUACACUCCAGGGUUGCUGGUUCAGAUCCAUGAGCAGGAGAGCACUACACAGAGCUUUUAUACCUGUCCCAAAUCAAGGCUCAGGAAUGUCCAAGACCGUUAUCUUGUAUCAUUUAUUAUGACGAUAGCAUAAACAAUUUUGUUUUCUCCAUGUGCACAUAUAUAUACAAUUUUUCCUAAGGUUUGGUUCCCAAAGAGAAGGUAUGGAUUUAAAAGAAUCUGUGAAAUAUCUGUGAAUUUUGUACUGACUGUAAAAAAAGAAAAGAAAAAAAGUUGAUUGUUUGGCUUUUUGUCUACUGAGCUUGAUCUGUCUGCGUGUUUCUUCUGGGUGGGUUGGGGCUUCGGGAUCUAGGGACGACAGUUGGAAGUACUUGAUUAUCUAUGUCCUAAAGAGGUUAAAGAAUAGAGAAGUUUAACAAGUGAAAUUUAAAAAAGAAACAAAGUUAUAUUUGCAUGAUUUCCUGUAUUUUUCAAGAGAAGAAAUAUAUUGUUGUGUUUAACGAGUGGAUGUAUGUUGAAAACAAACAGAACUGUAGGGACUGAAAUACAGUAUGUGUCAAACUCAUUUCUAAGAUUUAGGAUCAUUUUAAGGUUGACUUUCUUUUUAAAUCUCUCUAAUGUUGAAUAGUUGCAUUCAUCUUUAUCUGGUUUUCUGUUUUUCAGUUUCAGCCUAAUAAUGUAUUUCUACUGUCUGUAGUUAGCGUUGCUAUAUUUCUCCUAUUGUUUCUGGCGGGUUGAGUUGUGUGCUGUGGAAAAAACCUUCAGGCCUGUGGGUUGUUUCCAUCCAUUUGUUUGGAAAGCUGGAGGGAUCUGUCCUUCUCUCUAUGACACUGAUUAUUCUCUCCAAUGGACAACAGUAACUCCAUCCUCCUGGCGUCAAGCACACACACUGGUUCUGUUGUGAUUAUCUAUGAACACAGUAGCAAGGUGUAUGCUUGAGUGAGGGUGUGUUUACUAAGGAGACGCAAGCGUGUGCACACACCACACACACAAACACACACACAUACACACACAUACAGUACCCUCUGCACAUGAGAAGGGUUAAGCAGACCAUUGAACCAUUAGGGUCCUAUUAGGGUAUUAGUCUGUCUGCUCAUUCAUCCAUUAUGAGUGAUGGGGGAUCAAUACAGUGUCCUCUCCCCUGCCACUCACCCCGCGCCCUGCUAGCUCAGCUAUUAGAUCUAUAGGCAUGUUCUACAUGCAGGCUCAAUAUGCUAAGUUGAUCUCUUCCCAUGGUCAUGGCUACAGGUAAAUGGAACCACAGGGAGUAGUCCUCGAGCUGAUCCUGAGUCUGUCGUUAGUGGUGUGAGUAGCCGGAGCAGAGGGAGUUGAGUGCAUUUCAUUUCUUGGCCGUGAGUCAAUGACGUGUUCGCUGGUCCAGCUCCCCAUUAUCUCCUCACUGUGACAGCAGGCCAUAACUCACACAUGUUUACAUUUCUACACAGUGCAUCUAUCUAUAAGGGUGAACCCGUGCCAAAAACAUAAGAGGCUGUCCCGCAUCAAUUACACAGACAAAUGAAACGAAUUAACCUCUUGACUGGGUGUUUACUAGCUCAGCAGAAGAGCUAUUUCAGGCCCGGUGGCCAUUUUGUUUGACUGUUUUGUUGUUUUAUUAGUGUGCAGGUUUCUUCUUUUUUCUCAUCUAGUUUUAUAAGUUGAAAUGAAUCACUACGCCAAUCAGAUCGGUAAAUAGUCCAUUAGCGCCGGUGGCUAAUCUCUGAUGUCCACAGUAACCGCUCCUGCAGCUCCGGUGGAGAAACCCUGUUUUGUUUGCUGGCUGGGCACAUUAAACAGUAGCAGCAGAGCUGGCAGUAUUCCGAUCGAUGCUAAUGCUCUCUGUGCUCAUAAACACCAGGUUGGCUGGUUGGCAUUCCGAACACAUAAUCUGAUACAGCGGUAUGCCUGAUGCCAGCAGGAUAUGAUAGGAUAGUUCUUGGCAGAGGGAUAAGCUCAGUGGCUUCGGAACACAGGCAGCUCUCCUCGGAUAUAGGGCCAGGCAGGAGCACCAUUCUCACCUCAUUCAGGAAAUUAAAUGUCCGGGAUCGAUCAGAGCGCUGGAUGGAGAUGCUCCAGGUCUUUAACGGGCACAAUGGGGUGGUUAGACAGAUGAGCCAAUCACAGCCUAGCUCUCUCUGAGCACUCUUACAGUGGAGACCAGCUCCUGAUAGAAACACUGCAGGUAGAAAUGUAUUGAAAAGAAUGGAACACAGCUUUCUAUGGUGUCCCAUUCUAUGCAAUUAGGUUCCUAUGAACAACGCUGUGAAUGUUUCUCCCCGUCCACUAAGCCCAUGCCUGAUGUGUUAUUCAGUUCUGAUUGGUCGCUCUUUCUAUCUCUUUACUAAUUCUCGUUUUUUAUGAAGGUUCUUUCCAUAGCAACCCAAACAUUAUCAACAAGACAUUAUGUACUCUGAGUACUGACUAUGUGUGCUGGGUCUUAAAGCUGUCUUCUUCUUCUAUUACUUAACAUGGUUUAACAUCUCGUGGUCUAACAGGUCAUCAUGGUUGAAGUGAUCAGGGUUUAGGGUCAUUUGGGUCAUUGUAUUCCAAUGGAGAAAUUCCAAAUUCAACCCUACAGAAAGAAAUUGAACAUGGACUUUCUCCAUAGGAAAACAAUACAAAUCCUGUACUUCAGAUGGAACUGCCCUCAACCGUGUUUAACCGUCAGACUAAACUGUUCUAACCACAGUAUCAAUGGUUCUAAACAGUGUGAUCUGCCAGUACAGUGAUCUCUAAUAUCUCUAGUGUUCUUCUCCUUCCUUCACUUUGCCAGUGAGGACUUAAGGGUGAUAGAUACUGUGGUUUGAAGAGAAAUAUUUCUCUCUCCUUCUUAUGUUGUUGAUGACAACGUUCAUGUUUUAUCCUCACAAUUUCUGUACAAAAGAUCUAUUUCUAUAUUUGCAAUACAUUUGUAAUUAAAAAUGAUGACAAUG